AUGCCGAAGCUUGACUUCUUCAGACAUGUGCCCGAAGAUCUGAAGGUGCACACGUACUCGGGCAGCUUUUUCUCGCUACUAUCUUUUGCUGCUAUGGGUCUCCUGCUGCUUAAUCAUUGGAAUGCAUAUCAAUAUCAAAGUGUAAAGACCACCGUUGUGAUGGAUGAGCACCAGGAAGACCGACUGCGCGUCAAUUUUAAUGUGAGUUUACUUAACGUACCAUGCGCUGUGGCAAGCGUGGACCUCGAGGACCAUAUGGGCCAGCGCUUCACGAACCUUACACGCCAUAUUCGCCAUUUUCAGCUUGCGGCCGAUACCUCAACCAAUAAAAUACAGCGACUUAAUGAGAUUAUCAUUGACAACCACAAAAAGGGUAUUCCUGUCUGGGGAGGUGUGCAUCGAGACACUCAAGGCGCCAAGGUCCACUACUCGACACCGCUAACCGCUAAAAAUUUUGACGACUUUAUGGCCAAGUACGAGCUCGUACUAGUCAAUUUUUACGCUCCAUGGUGUCCAUUCUGUCAUCAGCUUAAUCCCGAAUGGGAACGCGCGGCGGCUCAGCUGCCUGAUCACCCAGAGUAUAGUGAGAUGGUGCGCAUGGCCUCAGUAAAUUGUGAAGACCCGGAUGCUGUUUGGCUUUGUCGUCGAUCACAUGUCCGUGGAUUUCCGACUAUGUUGAUUUAUAUGUACGGAAGCACGUCCACGCGUUAUAUGUACAACGGACCUCGCAAGACCGAACACCUACUACAGUUUUUGGAUUUAUUCUUCCGUCGUUUAGAGCCAAAUGCCGAUUUUGCUGAAGAAGUGAACGUUAAUGACGACCGUCUCGGGCUUCCAUUGCCGGUUAAGGUGGAUGGAAAGAAUUUAGACAGUAUUGACUUUAAAAAGCGCCGUCCACCCACUUCGAUACCGACUGGAGCGAUGGAGGGGUGUGAAAUUUCGGGGAGUAUUAGUGUCAACCGUGUUCCUGGAGUAGUUGCGUUUACAGCGCGGUCCAACGAUGUAUCGUUUAACGCGCAGGCAAUGGAUGUUUCGCACGUGGUUAAUCAUUUCUCCUUCGGCCAAGUGCGGCAAACAGAGAAUCUGCUAAUCGGUGGCAGCAAUAAGGUCGCGGCUCCGUCGAAUCGUUAUCCUUUGGAUAACAAGACUUUUUACAUCGAAUCUGAUAACGUCACCAUCGAACAUUUUCUCAACGUUGUUGGAUUCGAUAACCAUGACAACAGCCGAAGGACGCACUUGCAGCAGCGAUCGUACGAAUUUUCGGCUACUACAACGCAAUACCAGGACAAAACGCCUUCUGCGUUUUUUAGAUUUGAUAUUUCGCCAUUGGUGGUGCAGAUUUCGUCGGACAAUGUUCCGUUCUACCACUUCAUCACUCACCUUUGUGCAGUGAUUGGUGGUGUAUUCACUAUUCUCGGUCUUGUAGACUCUGGCGUUUUUCAUGCAAUGAAUUCAAUUUCGAAGAAACAGCAGCUAGGCAAGUUGUCGUAG